CAUACUAAUAAAUACAUGUUAGAAUAGACAUUUUAACUUUGUAAUUGAUCACGCUUUGUUCCUUGUUAAACAAUCUCUAUUUGCUCAUCUUUAAGUAAAACAUUUUAAUUGUUUUUCUUUUAAGACUGUGAGCCAGAAGAGCUGACUGAUUGGUCUAUGGAUGAAAAAUGUUCCUUUUGUAACUUACACAAAGAAACAGUCAGUGAUCGUACCCCAAUUAUUGGUUCUUCACAGUCAACACCAAGAGAGGAACUGUCAUCUCAGGGCCAGUCCAACACUGAUAAGAUUGAAUGCCAAGCAGAAAAUUACCUAAAUGCACUCUUUCGAAAGAAAGAUCUUCCUCAGAACUGUGAUCCUAACAUUCCCCUAGUUGCUCAGGAAUUAAUGAAAAAGAUGAUCCGUCAGUUUGCAAUUGAAUACAUUUCAAAAAGUAGCAAAAUUCAAGAGAAUAGAAAUGGUUCAUCAUUUGAACCAAGUCUGGUAUGUAAAAAUAUCCAAAUGAACCAAACGGAAAACUCCCUUCAGGAAGAACAGGAUAGCCCUCUAGACCUCACUGUGAAUAGAACUCAAGAACAGAAAACUCAGCAAGGGGAUGGAGUGCUAGAUCUCUCUACAAAGAAAAGCGCAAGACUGGAAGAGUCAGCAUAUGAUCCAUUAUCAUCUGAAAAUUCAGUGUCUGGUUCAAGUUCAACAGCUGGUGCAAAAUCAGAGGAAGCAACUAAAUUGGAAAAAGGAAAAUCAGCACUAAACAAGGUUUUGGAAUCUUUGUGCUCUUACCACUGGCAGCAGAUUUUGGCUAUUUUGAAAUUUUUAAUCCAAGAUAAAAAUGUUCCUUCACUUUGCAGUUGCCUGCAACCUCAUAUUAUCCAUUCAAAAACUCAGAACUCCCUGACUGAAGAUGACAACCAUGUUUUAUUUUGUAGUUGUGAUGGACAUGUGCUGACAAAAAGGUGCUGCUUACAAAUUCAAAAUCCAAACACUUGUUUACCAGAUCUGUGUGUUUGUAUUAAAGAUUUGCACUGUUUGCCAUGUCAGACUGUAGCUACUGGAUGUAUUAAGACAGUGGUGAAUAAAAGGAUUGCUAACAGUUGUAAUCCUCAUAAGUGGUAUACAAGACAACUACAAAACUGUAACAAGUACCCUGUGACAGCAGCAACUUAUACAUCUUUUUCUUCAACUGAAGACAAUGAUUUGUCAAACAGCAUUAAAAGUUCUAGUAGAUCUCGCAGCCCAUCACCCCCUCCAUUAUCACCUGCACAAAAUAAUGAAAUUGAAACAUUGGAAGGAUCACCUAUAGAUUUUCCAGCUUUAGACAACAACAAAUUUGAAAUAACCAUUAAUCAACCUCCAUCUCUCUUGCCAGCAGAAGGAAGCAAUGGAUGGUUUGAAGAUGAAGGUAAACUAUGUAAAGGAAAAGGGUUUGGUUACUCAAAUGAAACUUGGCCAUCAACAGAUCAAGAAAGCAGCAAAUGUGUUAUAAAUUCUGAAAAGUUUGAAAAAGGUGAAAGUUCUGCCAUUUUUCAAGAUUUAAUGGAUCGUAUUAAUGAAAAAUUAAAAUCAAUAGAAACUACAGAUAUAACAAACAAUCUUGUAAAAUGGUCUGACAGUGACAGGGCACCAGAAGAUGAUAAUGUAAAAUUGGGGGACUUCAUAACAUCUCUCUUGCACGAUGUCGAGGCAAGUGAUUACACUUUUAUGGAGUUACUGAGCCAACAUGAUAAACAAGUGGAAAAUAAAAUUAUCCAAACCAGAUUUCGCAAACGUCAGGAAACUUUAUUCGCAAUGUAUAAUUCUCCUGAUUCACCUCUGAUUAGACGACAGUCUUUGCAAAUCAAGAGGGAACUUGCAAGUCUUGAUGAAACUUUUAUAAGGAAAAAGUCAACUUUAGAGAGAAAUGCAAAGAAAUCUACAAAAAAUUACGGUAAAAUGCCCACAAACAAAGGAGACAGUUAUAACAUGUUAGAAGACAAAGCUUUACAAAAUACUGACAAUAAUCUAGGUAUGAGAUGUCAAGCUAAAUCCAUGUCUUUGCCAGUGUGUCAAGCAGAAUCAAUGGGACUACCUCUGGAUAAUUUUGAAACUAACUCUAGUUUUGUAGCAUUUUCAGAAAACAACGUUACUAUAGUAGACCAGACUAACUUUGCAAAAACACAAGAUUAUGCAAUUAAAAAAGAGAUUGAUCAGAGCCCUUUGAGGAAAUAUAAUGGAAUCUUGGGCAGAACUAAACGUAACAUUGUGCCUCCUGGAUGGUACUCUGUAUAUGUAACAAAUGACUUUUUAUGUAGAAAAUCCUCCAAAGCAAAAAAAUCUCCUGAAAAUUUGGAAAGAGAUAAUAUAGCUAAAGAUCUUCAAGCUGAAAGGUCUAUUGAUGUAAAUAAGAUUGUAAGGAACACAAAUCUACAGGUUGUUGUGGAACGCUUGGAAGAUACAAUAAACUUAGCCAAAAAGACUAAAAGUCCAUUGUUCGAUAGUUAUAAAAUAUCCAGUACAAUAGAACGUGAUACGAACCAAACUGCUAGGCGAGGCCUACAUUUUAACAUGGGUGAAAAAGGAGGUGCAGGACAGAGUUUCCUCCCCCAGUCUCACUUGUUAUGCAGCAAUGCAUGCAAAACAGAUUAUGUGCCUACAAGAGAAUACCAAGAAGUUCUAGAUCAAGGACUUGGUAACAACCCUUUGAAAUAUUCAGCCUCUGAUUCAGGCAGAUUGACUUCCAGUAAUGGGGAUGUACAAACAAGAUCUAAAGUUGGGGAGAGUGCAUCUUUCCUAGGUUAUUCUAGCCCAAUAAAACUUAUGUUUGUCUCAGAGGUUAAUAGUAGUGAAGGAGUGAAAUAUACUUUAACUGCUGCCAGUGCAUCUUCUACAGCAAAUACUGAUCUUUGUUUAUUUCAGAAGUAUCCAGACACAAUAUCAGGAAAAAAAUCUAAAACAAGUGAUCUUGUUCAUGAAAUCUGCAUUGGAGACUCUGGAUAUAAUUGUAAUGAAAGUGACACUACAGAGGAAUCAAAUUCUGUUAAUGUUGAGACAAUUGCAGAUACUUGUGCAGCAGAUGAAACUGACUUAAAUUAUUUUAAGCAAAGUGAAGAAUCUUUGGAAAAAUCAAGUAGUGGCAAUGAAUCUGUUUUAAAAAGAAAACCUGGUAGGCCUAAAAAAAUAGGGCCUCAGAUUGUAAAACAGGUUAAGCGACCAAUUGGACGACCUCCAAAGCCUAAAAUAGACACAGCUGAAAAUAGUGACCAUAGAUGUGAACCAACCAGUAUUGGGAAAACCACCAAAUCUGAUGUAACGGUAAUGAAAGAAGUUAUCAGUAACAAGAAUAUUACUGUGACGGUUGUUUUUGGAAGGUCAAGAAGAACUAAAAGGCAUGUUUCUGAAGGUAAUAUAAAUAUAAUUAAUGCUAUGCCUACACAACAUGUUUCCAAUUUUAUAAAUGAUUCUAGUGAACUGAGGAAGAAUACAGAAACUGAAAGUGGUUUUGCAGAAAUAGUAAAAGUCUUACAGAAUUCUGCUUCUGAAAAUGAAGUCUCUGGGUCUGGUUAUGAGUAUAUUAGACCUAUCAAGAAUAAUCCACUGUUACCGCACCUUUACAGCAAUAUCAUACAACCAAAUCAGAAGCCUUUAACUAUCACUAGAAAACCUGGUAGACCAGCAAAAGUAAAAAUCUCUGGCAUAUCAGUGACUAUUAAUAGAGUUUCACCUCAGGAAAGAAAAGUAAGUAUUAGCGGCUGCCUGCCUCCAUUGCAGCAACAGCAUAUGUUAGAAAAAAAUAUAUCACAAGAGAAGAAUAAUCAACCGUGCAGUAAGAUGAAUGAAAUAAAGAGCAUUCAGAAUGACACUACCAAGGAUGCAUCUGUGAUUACUACUACAGAAUCAAGAAAACAUGAAAUUCCUUUGAGGCAUUCUGUUAGAGACAGAAGACCAUCACUGCAUUUCUUACAUUCGUUAGCAUCUUCUAGCACAUUUACUUGUAGAAGUGCCUUGCUACGUAAAUCUUAUAAGCUCCAUUUGAAAAAAGCUAAGGAUCAAAAGGAAAAACAUAUGCAAUCAAAUCUGAGGCUAGCAUCCAAGGAUACCUCAGAAACCAAAAAUUCAGGGAGUGAAGAAAAGGGUUCUGAGAUAAAUGAAUUUAGGUCCGUUAAUGAAAUAUCACUGGAUCCCAUUUUUUCAUCAAAUCCUUCUCUCAGGUGGUGGGCUACUUCCACUUCACGUGCCACCUUGUUGGAAGAACUAAAUAAUAGAUUUGAACAGAUAACUAAUAGCUGGUUGCAAGUGGGUGGAAAUGAAUUUGAAAAGUGUUUAUAUGAAAAAAGCAAUCAUGUUGAACAAGAUUGUAGCAUUAAAGUGUCAAGACCUUUAGAUACCUGCCUUGUAGAACUUGAAGCAUCACCUAUAAAAAUGCUUUUUCAGAAGAAGUGUAAUAUAAAUGAACUUAGUACUUGGUUUAUGCAAACAACAGAAACGCAGUCCCUCUCUCUAGUGAGAAAGGCAAAUGCUCGCAAUCCUUUGGAAGUAAUUAGUACUAGAGAGAUUAAGAUGGGAAGUAAACAAUCUGAUCUUAAUACUAGUCCUUUCAGAAAGCACUUUAAAAAGUUUGCACUAUCCUCUCCUUCAGAACCAGCUGGGAAAUUACAAAUAUUGCAUAAAAUGGUCCAGGCUCCAGUCUUAAAUAUGAAAAGUAAUUUCACGCUAGCCAGAUUAAGAAGAACUGAAUUUAAGAAGUUACAACAUGACAGGUGGAGACAAGUGAAAAAAAUGUAUAACCAUGGAACAGGUGACUGGAAAUCUAAAAGGCGUAAUUUAAGAUUUUUCUGCCAAAGCCAGUUUUUUAAAAAUACAAGUGGGAAAAUCAGUGAUGUAGUACCCACACACCAAGGAAAAAGUACAGUAAAAACCCAGCCCACUGAAAUCUUAGAAUGUCACAAUAGAGUCUUGCCAACAGGAACUGAAGUCAAAGAUGCAUUUUUUCCACAGACAAUAGAAUUGUCUGACUUCAGCAUACAUCCUGGUUUAACAAAUAUUUUUAAAUCACGUUCAGAGAUAAAUGGAACAAGUUAUAAUCAAAAAAAUGUUGGAAAAUCACAGAACCAACUUAAAAUGAGUCAAAGUACAUGGAGAGCCAAAACCUUUAAAGAUUGUAGAAUAUUUCUGAGAAAACUGAACCAUAUAGAACAGCAUAAAUCGUUCAAGUUAAAUACCAUCAUUUACUCUCCGGAAGCUGUUGAAAGUAGAAGCACUGAAGAAAAAAGGCAUUGUGCUUUAAAGUCCUAUUCUGCAAGGCAAGAUGCAUUAAAGAUCAAAGAAAAGGAUGUGGAGACAUGUAAGGGAACUAAUCCUUCCAAAAUGACUGCAGUGCUGGAUGACCAAUUAGACAGCAAAAAAUCAAGCACAUGCAUAAAAAAUGAGAGCCCUGCUGCUAGUUUUGAAGUUCUUAACAAAAUAAACAUAAGAAAAAGACCACAAUGGGAGACCACUGAUAUGAAUGUAAGAAAAAGGCAUAAGAGACAAUCAUUCAAUACUGGACAAAUGGCGAAUUGUUACUCAAAAUACCAACUAGGGCCUCUUAAUCCUGUUGGACUGUCUUUGCUGGGAGGAUUUGCAAGCAGAACUGCUGAAUACUCCAUGACCCCAAUUCAAAUACCACUUCAUGGAAGCACCCAAGUCUAACUUCAAUAACUACAUAUUUUCAAGAUGAACGCGUCUAUCACCUAGUCCCUCAUAAUAUGUACUACUGUUAAUGCACCUGAAACAGACCUCACUGCAGUAAUACUAACCAUUCUGCAUCAGAACUAGAAACUUAGUCUUUCUACAGGCUUUAGUUUAAAUUCAGCAAAUUGGUACUAGUUUUGCUGUAAGGCAAAAUGUUCUGUUGUAUGUAAGGAAGACUCCUGAAAUUGCAAUUUCAUGCUGUUUGUCUGAGAUUGCUGAAGUGAGCCAUAUCUUUCCUUAUGUGUGGCUUUCUUGCAUUGUGAAUAGGAAACUAAGAGUUUUUGCUUCCUUCAACUCAUCCCUUUUUGGGGGCAGAGUUUGACCAGCCCUGGAUCUGACAGGCUGCUUGGAACACAGAACUUUCAGAUCUCAGGGAUUAGUUGAUGACAGAGCCAUCUCUACACAGAUGUCCUGUAAUUGAGCACUGGUUCCUCUCCCCCUUCCCCACCAAAGCAUGCAACAGUAUGGUUCCAGAAGCUGCUGCUAGGGGAUUUUCCUGAAGAGACCACUGCUUAUCACUCCUUGGAGAACAUUGGGAUGGCCAGACUAUAGAGCGGAAGAGCAAGUAAAUUAAAGCUGACUAGGUUCAGCAAGCAAAUGAUUCCUGCUUUCCCAUUGAGUUGGUGGGGUCACCUUGGCCCAACCACAUGCACAUGCCCAGCCUUAUAUUUGUGGAGCACCUGUGGAGGGGUUUCCUGGGGUCAGGGAAAGCUGGAAAUGAAGCCACAGAGACUGGAAUCCCCACUCUUGUAAACAGACCAGUAAUUGACUCCACUGGAAGUGGAGAAAAGUAGUAGGACCAUUGUUAGGGUCAUGGUGUAAUCUGCAGCUCUGCUCUUCCCAGCAAAAGGCAUCUGUGUGGAAAGACCAGACAGAACAGUUGUAGAUGUGAGACAUUUACGCAGCCGUUUCUAUUACUUAGAACACAAUACUGAGUGCAGCACUGUACAUACUAAGCUUUGCUUGAAGAACAAACAUUUUUAAAAGUUAGUUGUAAAAUGUACUGCGUAAGCACAGUGGUAUUUAGGAAAGAAUUCUACUAUUUUUGUGUUCAUUGUAAAAUCUCAUAAUUCAAAAUAUAUUUCAAAUAAAUGUACCAAUAUAAUCAG